CCGGGCGGCGCCGCUUCAGCACGCGCCCCGCGCGCGCCCCCGCCACCGACUACCAGGAUGCAAUCCGGAUGCUCAACACCCUGCAGACCAAUGCCAGCUACCUGGAGCAGGUGAAGCGGGAGCGUGGUGACCCCCAGGCCCAGCUGGAAGCCAUGCAGGGCUUCUUGGAGAGGAGCGGGCUGAAGGUCGAGGACCUGGAUCGAUUGAACAUCAUCCACGUCACGGGGACGAAGGGCAAGGGCUCGGCAUGCGCCUUCACUGAAUGCAUCCUCCGCAACUACGGGCUGAAGACAGGCUUUUACAGCUCCCCUCACCUGGUGCAGGUGCGCGAGCGGAUCCGCAUCAAUGGGCAGCCCAUCAGCAAGGACCUCUUCAACAAGUACUUCUGGCUGGUCUACAACCGCCUGGAGGAGACCAAGGACCCAGCACACGCCAGCAUGCCGGCCUAUUUCCGCUUCCUCACCAUCAUGGCCUUCCACGUCUUCCUGGAGGAGAAGGUGGACCUGGCAGUGGUGGAAGUUGGCAUUGGCGGCACCUAUGACUGCACCAACAUCAUCAGGACACCAGUGGUGUGUGGGGUCUCCUCCCUGGGCAUCGACCACACCAGCAUCCUGGGGGACACCAUGGAGAAGAUUGCCUGGCAGAAGGGGGGCAUUUUUAAGCCCGGUGUCCCAGCAUUCACCGUGGCGCAGCCGGAGCGGCCGCUGGAGGUGCUGAGGGAGCGAGCCCAGGAGCGCAAGUGUCCCCUGUACCUCUGCCCGGAGCUGGAUGACUUUGAGGAGGGCUGCCAGGCGCUGGAGCUGGGGCUGGCGGGUGCCCACCAGCGCUCCAACGCCGCCCUGGCCCUACAGCUGGCACGGACGUGGCUGCAGCGCCGCGGCUGCCAGGGUCUGGGGGAGCUGAAGGAGGUGCCACCAAGCACAGAGCUGCUGGGGGGGCCAGUGCCACUGGCUCCUGCCUUCAGACUGACCGAUGCCAUGAUCCAAGGCCUGCGGGACACAGAGUGGCUGGGCCGGACCCAGGUGCUGUCCCACGGCCCUGUGACCUGGUACCUGGAUGGAGCUCACACCACCAGCAGCAUCCAGGCCUGCGUGCGCUGGUUCCGCCAGGCCGCCCUCAGCCAGGACAAGCCCCAUGAUGGUUCUGAGGUGCGUGUGCUGCUCUUCAAUGCCACAGGUGACCGGGACACGGCGGCGCUGCUCAAGCUGCUGGUGCCCUGUCACUUUGACUAUGCUGUCUUCUGCCCCAACUUCACAGAGGUGUCGGUGGCCAACAACGCAGACCAGCAGAACUUCAACGUGACGCUGGAGAACGCGCUGACGCGCUGCCUGGAGAACCAGCGGACGUGGACGAGGCUCCUGGAGGAGAAAGCGGGGCAGGACCCCUGGCUGCCCUCCCCGCUGCGGGUCGGGGGGCUGCUGCAGCCGGCCCCCGCCCGGGGCUCCCUGCUGCUGGUGCCCCCGGCGCCACGACCCCUCAACUCGCCGGCGCUGGUGUUCCCGUGCCUGGCGCAGGCGCUGCGGUGGGUGGCGCAGGGCCGGGACCCCCAGCUGGCCGCCCCCACGGCCUCGGGGGCUCACCCGCACCCCGCGGCCAGCAGCGGGGCCGUGCUGCUGCGGGAGGCGGCGGCCGUGCGCGUCCUGGUCACCGGCAGCCUGCACCUGGUGGGGGGAGCGCUGCGGCUGCUGGAGCCCGCCCUGUCGCAGUGACGGGCGCC